CAUAUGAUGCCGGUGGAGCAAGAGCGUGUCUGGUCUCGUCUAGUCUGGUCCGACCCCGUACCCGUUAGAAUUCCGAGAUUCAGCACCAUUCCAGGUUCGGGGUUCGGACGGAAAGGUGAACGGCGUCGAGGUGGAGGAGGAGGUUAAACGAGAGGUGGGCUUCCUUCUUCUUCGUGCUCUUCGGAAUUGUCAUAUUCCAUUCAAGUUGGGAGCAUCGCAUCCGCAUCCGCAUCGAGAUGGGAUUCUCCUCCUCCUUGAGCAUGAUGGGCUGUGCUUCUUGUGGAUUUGUACCCGAUAACAAGUCUCUUCUUCUGAGAGGGCCCUCGUCAAUGGGAGGAGGACGACUCCGUUGGUGGCCAAAACGUGGAAGCAGAGAAGGACCAAACUUGGUGGACUACAGCAUGCCUUUUAAGCUCAAGUCUCCACUAGGAAGAAGACUUGUCGUGUCUUCCCUUGAACCUCAGGAGGAAUUCUCUGGAAGAACCAGCCCAAAUGAGGUGAGGAAGGAGAUAGAAAUGUGCUAUGAACUUGUACACAAGCUUGGAAGGGGAGUAGUUUAUCUGGGUUCUUCCAGAGUAAGAUCAGACCAUUCACAUUACUGGCAAGCAGCAGAAUUGGCGAGAGAGAUUGCAAAUCUUUUGGACUGCACCACAUGGACAGGUGCUGGUCCUGGUCUCAUGGAUGCUGCGAUUAAAGGCGCUUUUGAUGCAAAGAAGCCAGUUGGUGGAUUCAAGAUAGCAAGGGAAUCAGGUGAAUGGACAACCUCAAACUUCCAUCCCUAUCUCCCUUCAGAGAUGUAUCUUACAUGCAGGUUCUUCUCAGCAAGGAAACAUGGGUUGGUGGAUGCUGCAGUGCGGAACAAUCCAUCUGACAGGACAGCUGUGGUUGCUUUUCCUGGUGGGAUUGGAACGUUAGAUGAGGUGUUCGAGAUUCUAGCAUUAAUUCAACUGGAGAGAAUUGGCUCAAAGCUUGCUGUCCCUUUCCUGCUUAUAAAUUAUGAUUCUUUUUAUACGAAGCUAUUAGAUUUCAUGGAUGAUUGCGAGAAAUGGGGAACUGUAGCUAGAGGAGAGGUUGCAUCAUUGUGGAAAGUUUGCAAUGGGAAUCUUGAAGCUUUGGAAUACUUGGCAGAGUUUUACAAUAUCUCUCAAAGCAGGAGGGAUUAUGACAUUAAAAUUGGUUCUGAGCAAGGAAUAGCUCUGUAGCGACCAAUUGAGCCUUGGUUUUGGAAGGCUGAAAUCUCAGCAUUUUUACUCAAACAAAAGGGGUGACAACCUGAUUGAGUUGACGCAAUUUCUGCUUGAUACUUGUGUCUGUUCUACUGCUGAAUAAUGACUUGUUGCACUGAAACUGUGUAUGAUUAUACAAAAUCACAUCAUCAUGAAGAUAUGGACAAUUCUUACCAAACAAGUGAAGAUAUGGACAAUUAGAUUCCUCUUAUGGCACGUAAGAUAUCAUUCCUUUUUUCAAUUAAAGAAGAAAUUCUAGCUCCGUGCUACAAUAGAACGAAUUGAACAGGUUGUGUUGGAUAUUAUUAUUUUGAGAAAAAAAUAUCUUCCUUGGGGG